GUCUGACAGACAACGACCGGGCAGUCAGAAGAGGAGCCAUAGUCAAGCUCGACAAGGCACUGCUGAGCAGCAGCAAGGCCUCUCCUGAGCAUGUCAGAAGAGUCUUUCUGGAGGAGCUGCACAAGCCUCUAUUCAGAAUGUUCGCAGAUCAGGGUGAGAAGUGUCGCGAAGUUUCGCUGUCUAUGACACUACGCUUUGCAGAUCUCUUACCGGUACAAGAUCUGGAGAAUGUUCUCCCGCUGUUGCUGGCGGCUCUUCUGGGCAGAUUCAGAAGUCACCCUUUUCCUGAACAGAGCGAGGAGUUGCGGCUCGAGGCCUUGCGACUUUUGAACCACCUCUUCGAUCUCUGCAAGGAGCGGCUCAGUCCUUUUGCGAGCGACGUCUUGGAUGCGUUGUCAAAGGCUUUGACGGACACAUGCCCUGACGCAAAGAAGGAGUGCUGCGAGAUCACUAAGAAGGUGAGCCAGUACUUUGAGGCAGAGAGAGUCAGCCGUGCAUGUGGACCUCUUGUGGGGUCGCUUCUGGCCAACCUGAAGCACCAGCAGUGGAAGGUGAGAAGAGCAACGCUUGAGAGCAUCGGUGCGUUGCUUCUGCAAGAAGCUCCGAUGAUGGACCACAUGGAGGACAUACUCCCGCAUCUCAAUGCACUUCUCGGCGACAGGACACCCGGCGUCCGACAAAGCCUGGCAGAAACUCUGGAAAGGUGGCUGCUGAAAGGCUUGAGCUUUCGAGCUCCAUUGGUCAGCAACUUGAAUGAUGACGGGCCGGAAGGUUUCGACAAGUUCGAACCGCGUUUGCUGCUGCUCCUGCUAGGUGUUUGUUCGGAUGAAGAAGCUGAGCAGGUUGGUGCAGUCGCUUUUGGUGGUCUUGAGCGUGUGGCUGCGUUAAAGCACGAGGUGCUGCUCAAGCGGGCGCAGAGAGAACGAGAGCGGGAGGAAGCCAAGCAGAAAGCGAAGGAUGCCAGGGAGAACAAGGCUGGCUACAGCGAGGAUGCCGACAACACCAGUGUCCUGGAGGAGAAGGUCAACCAGAAGUGCAAAGACCCCGAGGUCGCACCGGCCUUUGACUACACCUCUGUGCUGCCACUUUUGCCACAGCCAUUCGCAGCUGGACGACUGCCAGCUGCUUUGACCACCACCUAUGUGAGAUAUCAUCUGGCAAGCAUCCUUCCUCAGGUGUUGGCGAACCUGACGCAGUGGACAACAGAUAUCCGGGAAGCAGCGGCAAGACUACUGCAAGUGCUGCUGGUCAUCACCAAUCAGCAAGUGGCGCCUUUUCUGGAUGGUGUGCUGGUGCACUUGUACAAGGCCCAGGCCGACGACGAUCAAAAAGUGGCCAAGGCGGCGCUGUUGUGUGCGAGCAUGGUUGGGGUCUUCCUUGAUGCGGAGCUAGUACUGGAAGUAGUUGGCAGGCAUCUCGGCCUCAAACAAGAAGGCGGACAGCGCAAGGGCACAUCCUUUGACGAGCUGUGGCCGCAAGACAAGCAAGGUCGCCAAACAACAAGAACGGUGCAGGACGUAUUGGCAGGGGUCAGGAACUUUGCUGCGAUGACUGCCGAGUCGCGACGGCAAGUUUUCAUGGUGCUCGCGAGGUUGAUUCACCCGUGCGCUGGCACUGACGAUUUCUGUCGUCGCCUGAAGCCCAAGGAGGUGAAGCUAGCCCUGCGAUUCUUGGAGGAGGGCAUUCACAGCGAGUUGCUGACAUCUGUACUUGGUGCCACGGAAUCCUUGCUGAAAGCAGGCAGGGAGGCGUGCAUAGAAGACUGGCCACGGAUUUUCGACCUGCUCCUGCGGAUGAAGAGCAGUGAGGAGUGCAAUGCACAGAUCGUGGAUGCAAACAUUGAGCACUUGUCGCAGCUCCUGGGUAGGUCGCGCCGGCAGCUUUACGAGGAGCAUUUGAGGACUCGUCUCGCAGACCUUCUGCAGGGAGGAGAGGCCGUGUUAUGGGAGGACGCAAGCCCAAACCGUCAUGUCUUGGAGACCCUGCUCAGAAAUGCUGGUCCAGCAGUUGCGGAUCACGUUGGGGGCCUCGUGCCAGUGCUGGCGCGCCAGGCAAGCCCGGAGGAUGCCAGCGCCACAGCUCGUGUCGACCUGUUGGGCUUGGUCCACUUCCUGGUGAACGAAGAGGACGAAACUCUGGCCAGCGCCCUCAGAGCGCAUGCUCUACCGUUGCUCGAUGGCAUCUUGCUGCCAAACUGCUCUUGGAGGCCUGGACAGUCCAAUGGUAAAAUUCGAAGAGGUGCUAUGGUUUGCGUGCACUCACUUCUCCGACGCCAUCUUGUGCCACCUGCAGUUCUCAACGAGGUCUUCGUUGACUUGAUGCCAAUCCUCAAGGGCUGCCUUGACGACAGCUGGUCGCCAGACAACCGCAUGAUCGCCUGCCUGGUGCUCUCCUGCACCCUUGCAGACUUGCAGGCCGAGAUCAACGGAGAGCAACUCCGAGAGGUCUACCCAGAAUUGCUGAAGCGGCUGGAUGACUCGAACGACAAGAUCCGGGUUGCAGUGUGCGAGGCGCUGGACGUAUUCUUCAAAUGCCUUCCUCAAAAUUGGAGCCGCACUUUGUACGAGUACAUCCUCCGCAAUCUCUUCGUUCACUUGGAUGAUCCUAACCCAGAGAUUCAGCAGGGCAUCUAUGCGGUGCUUCAGGCAGCUGCUCCCCAGGAUACGGCAACCUUUCUUAAGGAGGCUCAAACUGCUUCUGCCAAGAGCGCGCACCCACGCCUGUGUGAGGAGCUGGUCCGAUUGGCUGAAGGGUUUAAGCCGGGUGAGGUUGCCGGCAACUGA